CUUACCUGGCGGCAUCCAGAGCCCACCUUCAGCAAGUAGCCUUCCUCCACCUGGCUCCCAGGGGGCGCUAGUUGGGAGCCGGGGUUAUCAUGUCACAGAAAAACUGUAUGAACUUCGUGGCCAAGGACCAGAUUUGGAAGGAUCACCUUGCAACAGAAGUUGAAGCUGCACGGAAAUGGCCAAAACAAUGGGGAUUUCUCACCAUACCAAUUGAAGAGCUGUUAAAAGAUGAAGAGAAACAACCACCUAAGCCUAAGAUUCCACUUCCAGAACACUUACAAAUCCGACCUGUGACACCAGUGGAAAAAUACUGCCAUUUCCCCCAGUGGCUGGAGGAACUUAACUCUGUAGGCUGGAGAUCAGUCGUAACACCAGACCCCAUUGGCACCCCUCCCACAUCACCUGCCCCAAGCCCACUUACUUCAUGGUCUCUACUUUUGGUGAUACAGCCGUCUCCUCCCGUCCCUCAAACAACUCAGGGGUUUAUCGGCUGGAGAUCAACGGUACCAGGGCUGGAACUUGAACGCUAUUAUCAGAUCAAAAGCUGUAAGGGUGCUUUUCACAAGGACUUGAAGUGGCCCAACGAACCCACCGAUUAACCUUGAGAGAUAACGUCUAGUUUUCUCUUUCCCUCUCUUUCUUUAACGCAGGCACCUUCCCCAUUUGAUGGGGGGGGGGGGGGAAACAACACCAAAAUAAGUUUGUGUCUCAUUUCUGCAGUGCCUUUGCUUAAAGUUCACCAGGUCUCACGACUACCCUAUUAAAAAUGUCAGCAUGUGA